CACAGUCACAGCGAGGGGGUGGACACCGAGCCGUGCCCGCUCCAGUCCUUCUCCCUCUCCGCUCUAUCAGUCUCUGAGGAGCAGCGCUUUGACGCACCACGCACACUUGGAUUAUUACACGCUGCUCUUUCACGGGGCUUUUUCCUCGCUUGUUUCGCAUCCGCUGUGACCUGCCACAUUGAUGAACGGGACGCUGUCUGACCAGAACGGUGAUUUCUGCAGCUUUGUUUUUAUCAGACGUGAAUGAGACGCCUCUUCGCCCUGACCCGGAGUGUCUGUGGAAACCCGGGUGCGUCUGAAGUGUGUUUGUUGUGACGAGGUUUGUUUCAGCGGUGAAGCUCACGGACUGAAGCGGGUUUUGUGCACCGCAUGUCGGAGACAUGUGGAAGUUUGCGCCGCUGUAGCGCAGCCACAGAGCCGGUCCAGCGCUUCCACAGAGACACGCACACGGGGGGCCAAACUGUACAAUUUCAUAUGAGGAGAAGACAAAUGUGAAUUCCAAACUAAGAAAAACUCGAACAUACAACCAAGAGGACAACUUAAAGGGCCCUGUACGGAUUUAAUAAGGCUUUAUCCACAUUUGUUGUAAGGGUCUCAUAUUGACCCCUCUUGCCGCAGUGAUGGUGGGAGCUGUGAGCCCCGUUGGCCCGGCGGUGGUGGCGUGUGUCCUGCUGCUUGUGGUGGCUGACAGCGGAGUGAGCGCGCAGCCCUGCCCGGCUCCGUGCUCCUGCACUGGGACCACGGUGGACUGUCAUGGCCAAGGGCUGCGCAGCGUGCCGCGGAACAUACCCCGCAACACCGAGAGACUGGAUUUGAACAACAACAACCUGACUAAAAUCAUCAAGACGGAUUUUGCUGGACUCAGACAUCUGCGCGUGUUGCAACUUAUGGAGAACAAAAUCACUACAAUCGAGAGAGGAGCUUUCCAGGACCUGAAGGAGCUCGAGCGACUACGUCUCAAUAGGAAUAACCUGGCGGUAUUCCCUGAGCUGCUUUUCCUGGGAACAACUAAACUCUACAGACUUGAUCUGAGCGAGAACCAAAUCCAGGGAGUUCCCAGGAAGGCCUUCAGAGGAGCCGUGGAGAUCAAGAACCUCCAGCUGGACUACAACCACAUCAGCUGCAUUGAAGAUGGAGCUUUUCGAGCGUUGCGUGACCUGGAAGUUCUCACGCUCAACAAUAACAACAUCAGCCGCCUGUCCGUGGCCAGCUUCAACCACAUGCCCAAACUGCGCACCUUUCGUCUGCACUCCAACAACCUGCAGUGUGACUGUCAUGUGGCCUGGCUGUCUGAGUGGCUACGACAGCGCCCCCGUUUGGGCCUUUAUACGCAGUGCAUGUCUCCGCCGCAUCUCAGAGGACACAAUGUGGCUGAGGUGCAGAAGAAGGAGUUUGUGUGCUCAGGUCACCAGUCGUCGUCAGCGGCCUCCUGCAGCGUGAUCCAGUGCCCGGAGUCGUGCACCUGCAGCAACAACAUCGUGGACUGUCGGGGAAAGGGCCUGACGGAAAUCCCCACUAACUUACCGGAGACCAUCACCGAGAUACGAUUGGAGCAGAACGCCAUCAAGGUGAUCCCAGCCGGGGCCUUUUCUCCCUAUAAGAAGCUGCGUCGGAUCGAUUUGAGCAACAACCAGAUUUCCGAGUUGGCCUCAGAUGCUUUCCAGGGACUGCGCUCCCUCAACUCUCUCGUGCUGUAUGGGAACAAGAUCACGGAGAUCUCCAAAGGCCUGUUUGAGGGUCUGUUCUCUCUGCAGCUGUUGUUACUGAAUGCUAAUAAGAUCGCUUGUCUGAGAGUAGAUGCAUUUCAGGACCUCCACAACCUCAAUCUGCUCUCACUGUACGACAACAAGCUGCAGACCAUCGCCAAGGGAACGUUCUCAUCACUGCGGGCGAUACAAACUCUCCACUUAGCCCAGAACCCCUUCAUCUGUGACUGCCAUCUGAAGUGGCUGGCCGACUACCUCCAAGACAACCCCAUAGAGACCAGUGGAGCGCGCUGCACCAGCCCACGCCGACUCGCCAACAAACGCAUUGGGCAGAUCAAAAGCAAGAAAUUCCGCUGCUCAGCGAGAGAACAGUAUUUCAUCCCAGGUACAGAGGAUUAUCGCAGUAAACUCGGGGGAGACUGCUUCGCCGACUUGGCCUGCCCUGAAAAGUGCCGCUGCGAGGGCACGACGGUCGACUGCUCCAACCAAAAACUCACGAAAAUACCCGACCACAUCCCUCAAUACACCGCUGAACUGCGGCUGAACAACAAUGAAUUCUCUGUGCUGGAGGCGACGGGGAUCUUCAAAAAGUUGCCUCACCUGCGAAAGAUUAACCUGAGCAAUAACCGCAUCACAGACAUCGAGGAGGGGACGUUUGAAGGGGCCGCCGGGGUCAAUGAGCUCAUCCUGACCUCCAACAGGCUGGAGAAUAUACACCACCGUAUGCUGAAGGGACUGGGCGGACUGCGGACGCUGAUGCUGAGGAGCAACCGCAUCAGCUGUGUCAGUAACAGCAGUUUUGUGGGGUUAAGCUCGGUGCGCCUGCUGUCUUUAUAUGACAACCAGAUCACCUCUAUGAACCCGGGAGCCUUCGACACACUCCACUCACUGUCAACCCUGAAUCUUCUGGCCAAUCCGUUCAAUUGUAACUGCCACUUGGCCUGGCUUGGUGAUUGGCUGAGACGGAAACGCAUCGUCACCGGGAACCCACGCUGUCAGAACCCCUACUUCCUGAAGGAGAUCCCAAUUCAGGAUGUUGCAGUCCAGGACUUUGCAUGUGAAGAUGGUAAUGAUGAGAACAGCUGCUCUCCUGUGCUGAGGUGUCCCGCUGAGUGUUCCUGCUUGGACACUGUGGUGCGCUGUAGCAACAAAGGCCUCACUACGCUGCCAAAAGGACUGCCCAAGGAGACCACGGAGCUAUAUCUGGACGGUAACCACUUCACUCAGGUGCCCGCAGAGCUCUCAAAUUACAAGCAUCUAACGCUAAUCGAUUUGAGUAACAACCAGAUCAGCACGUUGUCCAACCACAGCCUCAGUAACAUGUCCGAGCUGCUUACGCUCAUCCUGAGCUACAAUCGGCUGCGGUGCAUCCCGGUGAGAGCGUUUGAUGGACUCAAGUCUCUGCGUCUGCUGUCUCUCCAUGGCAACGACAUAUCACUGAUACCAGAGGGAGCCUUCAAAGACCUCUCAUCACUCUCUCACCUGGCUCUGGGGGCCAACCCUCUGCACUGUGACUGUCACCUGCAGUGGUUGUCUGACUGGGUGAAGAGCGGCUACAAAGAGCCAGGCAUCGCGCGCUGUGCAGGACCUGGAGACAUGACCGACAAACUGCUCCUGACCACUCCCUCCAAGAAGUUCACCUGCACAGGACCUGUGGACAUAAGUAUACAGGCAAAGUGUGACCCUUGUCUGUCCAAUCCAUGUAAAAACGAUGGCACCUGCACCAACGACCCUGUAAACUACUACCGCUGCAACUGUCCGUACGGAUUUAAGGGCCAGAAUUGCGAGGAGCCAAUUCACGCCUGCAUCAGUAACCCGUGCCAAAAUGGAGGAACAUGCCAUCUGAAGGAAGGAGAGGGAAGCAACUUUUGGUGUGUGUGUCCGGAGGGUUUCGAAGGCGACGCGUGUGAGAUCAACAUCGACGACUGUGAAGACAACGACUGCGAGAACAACUCAACGUGCGUGGACGGGAUCAACAACUACACCUGCAUGUGCUCUCCCGAAUACACAGCUGCUACCAAUGAGGUGGAGAGAGGAGAGCUUUGUGAAGAGAAACUGGACUUCUGCGCUCCAGAGUUGAACCCCUGUCAGCACGAUUCUAAAUGUAUUUUGACCCCGCAGGGAUACAAAUGCGAGUGCACUCCUGGAUACGUGGGCGAUCAUUGUGACGUGGAUUUUAACGACUGUGAAGAAAACAAGUGCCAAAAUGGAGGGCAGUGCAUUGAUGCUGUCAAUGGAUAUACCUGUGUGUGUCCAGAGGGAUACAGUGGUUUGUUCUGUGAGUUUUCCCCACCCAUGGUCCUGCCCCGCACAAGUCCAUGCGACAAUUACGAGUGUCUCAACGGGGCGCAGUGCGUUGUCAUGGGGAUGGACCCUCGCUGUCAGUGUCUCCACGGAUACGAGGGCGAGCACUGUGAGACAUUAGUGAGCGUCAACUUUGUGAACCGGGAGUCCUAUCUGCAGCUUCCAUCGAACCUGCUCACGCCGCACACCAACAUCAGCCUGCAGAUUGCGACAGAUGAAGAUAGCGGCGUUUUGCUGUAUAAAGGUGACAAUGAUCAUAUCGCCAUGGAGCUGUACAGGGGGAGACUACGGGUCAGCUAUGAUACAGGGUCCUACGCCCCCUCUGCAAUAUACAGUGUUGAAACAGUAAAUGAUGGAACUUUCCACGCUGUGGAGUUGGUUACCGCCGAUGACACUCUUUCUCUGUCCAUUGAUGGUGGUCCACCCAAAACCAUCAGCUCGAUCAGCAAACAGUCCACACUGAACAUGGACUCUCCUCUUUACUUAGGAGGUAUGCCAAAACACGCCUCUCUCUCCAGUGGCCUCUCAGCGCUGCAGCACAGCUCUGGGGGCAGAAAUGGCUCCAGUUUCCAUGGCUGCUUGCGAAACCUUUACAUCAAUGGGAAGUUGCAGGACCUUGGAGUUGGGCUGGGACCAGGCAGUGUAGGAGUGGACUAUGAGAGUGCACAGAGGACCAACAAGGGGUCGGGACAGGGAGUAGAGCCCGGAUGUCAGCCCUGCCAGACUGGGGCGUGUGUGCAGGGAGACUGUCACCCUACAGGACACCGCGGCUUCAGCUGCACCUGUCACCCAGGAUGGACGGGAACUCUGUGUGACCAGCAGGUCAACAACCCUUGUGAAGGACACAAGUGUGUGCACGGGGCCUGCGUUCCUAUUAACUCUUACUCAUACUCGUGCCGCUGUCAGCCUGGGUAUGCUGGGGUCUUAUGCGACGAACAAGACCAAGAAGCAAACAGCCCCUGCAGUAUUUCUCGAUGCAAACAUGGCAAGUGUAGAGUGUCAGGCCUGGGCAAAGCAUACUGUGAGUGCAACAGUGGAUACACAGGAGAGGCCUGUGAUAAAGAGGUGGCCUGUCGAGGAGAACGGGUCCGAGACGUCUAUCAGAGACAGCAAGGCUACGCGGCGUGCCAAACCCAGGAGAAGGUCUCCCGCCUAGAGUGCAGGGGCAGCUGCCCAGGGGGGACAGAUGGACCGGGCACCUGCUGCACCCCCCUACGGAGCAAGCGCAGGAAAUACACCUUCCAGUGCACUGAUGGAUCCUCUUUUGUUCAGGAAGUGGAAAAGGUGGUGAAAUGUGGCUGUACAAAAUGUUCCUCAUAGAAAUAGAAAACAACAAAAGACACAGCACCGUUGGCAGAUUCCCUUCUCCUUAGAUGUUUAUGGUGUUCCUGCCCGCCUUACCGGACCCACACCUUUGCGCUCAAAGCCCUAAAUUGUCUUGGGAAAGCCCCUGCUCUGGACACUCUCCUAAAACUGUUUUGUAAAAUACUUAAAAAGAAAAAAAAAAGAAAAGAAAAAUAAAAAAGUUUGUUUUGUGCCAGACUGAUGUAUAAAGCUUCCUCGGUGGGGAUGUCAAAGCGUAUUGUAAAGUACAAGAACUGACUUAUUUUUUAUUAUGAAGUGGAGAAAAAGGACAAAGAGUUGACUCUGUGACAGACUUCCUUUUGGUUGGUCCUGAUGACCACAGUGAUGUGCCACUGUCUUUUCCCUGGAAGACUCAGCGGUCAGUGACGCACUGACUGCCUCUUGUAGACUUCCUGCUUCCUAUCUGUGUGUUGUCUGUUUUAGGAGUAACCUAGACCGGUAGUAGCAUGGACUCACCUGUAGAGGCGCUGCACUGAGGCACAGUAGAGAGGUCGCAGUAGUGAGCAGUGUUCCUCUACACAACUACAGAGACUGUGGGCACAUUUUAUACAGCUACUGAAAAACUCAUGAGCACUCACCCUAUGGUUUGUUUAUCCACUCAGCGUCCUGGAUGACAAGUAUUUAUUGUAUCAUAAAUACAUAGUACUUUUUCAGUAGACCUCCCAUGUAUCAAUCUGAUUCUUUUAAUAUAUAUUAAUUUAUAUUUGUCCUUAUUUUUGUAUUAAAAAGACAUAUUUCAUGUCAAAAUAGCUGAACUAACAAAAUUUUGUCCUUUUAUUUUGAACACAAUGUAUUUUGAUCACUGAAUCUAUUCUUGUGCUUGCCAGAGAUCUUAGUUACAUUUUAUUCUGCAAAUGUGACGUGAAGACAUGUAUAUUUUUGUCGCAAUUCCUGAGAGUUUGUACUGUGUCAUUACCAGAAGGUUUUUAUAUUAGAGUUUAAUGUAUUUCCCUAUGUACUAUGUACUUUACACACGGAUCUUGUGAGUAGCAUUGACCCUAGAGGAUGCUUAGAACUGUUUUUACCUUUUUAACAAAUUUAUGCUAAAGAAUACUGUGACAUUUUCUAAAUGAACUACUUUGUUAGCCCCUUGAUCUCCAAUGUUAACAUGUUGCUGCUAAGUUUUUGUACCAUAGACUUGGAUCUUGAUCUGUAUGUUAUAUAACUUCCUGCUCCUACUGUACAGGGGCGACUUGUGUAACAGAUAAAUAUGUCCCCCACCUCUACACAUGUGCAUCGUGCUUUAUCUCCCCCUUGGUUCAGACUAAUGUCAGUACAUGAAUAUUGUUUUAUUAAACACCAUAUUUAUCUCACAAA